AUGAAUCCUAAACCAGAAAAAAUUCGAUCAGAAAAGCCCUCCUCUUCCUCUCCUUUGACCCGAGACCCAGAACACUCGAUCAUCGUCUCCGCUCUCACGCACGUUAUCAAUGGCUGUGAUAGUGAUGAUCCCACCACCACCGCUCUACUACAAGCCCUCCAGGGUUCCACAAGUGGGACCAAUAUUUUCCCGCCAAAUAUUGAAGAAGAGAAGGAAAAGAGUAAGAAGAAGUACAGGGGAGUCCGGCGGAGGCCGUGGGGGAAGUGGGCUUCGGAGAUACGAGACCCCCGGCGAGCAAAGCGGGUGUGGCUGGGCACGUUCGAAACGGGAGAGGCGGCGGCGAGGGCUUACGACAAGGCUGCCAUUGAGUUCCGCGGAGCCAGAGCCAAGCUCAACUUCCCAUUGUCAGAUUAUAAUAGAGAGGGAUCAAACUCGGAACGAAACCGAGAAAAUCAAGAGCUUAAUCCCAAUGCAAUUGACAAGGGACAAAUCUCACAGCUGUACGGAAGAAACAAGGAAGAGCUCAGACCCAACUCGUUGGAGAUGAAGAGUAGCGAGACAGAGACAAGUAUGGAAGAGAGUGAAGAGUUUUGGGAAGAUCUUCCUCCACUAUAG